CACAGUCUACAAACAGUAAGCUAAAGUGCAGAGAUUAAUUUACUGAGAGAAUGCAGUCUCUUGUGUGUCUUUUGUCAUAUUUGACAGCUGUUAAUGCAGAUUUACAUGUUUAUCAGAAACAUGUUUCUUUCAUUGGAUGCUUUUAAUGGACAAAAUACGGAAGAGUUCACCUUUGAUGUGGUAAAAAGAACUAUGCAAAUUAAUUUACCAUGGAUGAGAAUAAAAGGCAUGGGUCAGAUGGAAUGGCUUCAUGUGAAGUUCCUGUAUGAACACGUUUAUCAUCCUGUUUGCAUGAAGGUUUUGCGCACAUUCCUGGAAAAAGAAAAGAACACUGUGAUGCGAAAAGUGAAACCCAAAGUCAGACUCUUUAGGAAGCCUCUUACAGACUCUCAAGGGCUUCAGAUCAGUUGUCUGGCCACUGGAUUUUACCCUCGUCACAUUAACCUGACCCUGUUCAGAGAUGGUCAGCCUGUGGAUGAUGAUCAGAUCACAGGAGGAGAGAUUCUGCCCAACGGAGACGGAACUUACCAGAUGAGGAAGAGUUUGCUGAUUGGUGAAAAAGAGCUACGUGAGGAACAUAAAUACAACUGCACAAUGAAGCAUCUCAGUCUGGACAACAAACUGGACAUUUCGUUUGAUGAGGAUCUGGAAAAAUCUGACUUCGGAUCUUCUGCUCUAUCUAUAAUUAUCAGUGCGUUGGCGUUCUUUUGUGUGGCUGUUCUUAUCAUAACUGCACUUAUCAUAUGGAGGAAGAGACGUACUGCUGAAAUAGGCUCCAGUACUUCACAUCAAAGUGGAUAUUCACCUACUUCAACUUCAGAACAAGAAACAACAUGAAAGAUGAGUCCAUUUAUGGCCCCGGAACACAAUCUUGUUAUAGAACACUGUUUCCUGCUAUUACCGAUUCAGACAGGCCUUGCAAGUGGGUUAUGCCAUGACAGCAACCACCUGUACACCACCUGUAUCUCAAGAUUUAAUUACAGUUCCAGAGAAUUUAAUAUAUAGAAUGUAAAGUACAGUUCCAGAGAAUUUAAUAUAUAUACAGCCAAGCACAAGAACAGUUUCUUCCCCCAGGCAAUCUAUUUAAUGAACAGUUAAAUGUUCCCUCUAUUAUGCAAUAAGAAUGUGCAAUAACCUUAUAUUUGUUUGUUACCACCUCCAUCCUGGUACAUCCCUGCCUCUCAUUCUAUUCUAUUCUAUUCUAUUCUAUUCUAUUCUAUUCUAUUCUAUUCUAUUCUAUUUAUUCUAUAGUCUACAGCACAAGUGUACAUACCACUUAAUUAUUUCUCAUUUUAUUUUUCAACUUUUUGUCUAUUUAUAUUUAUAAAUGUGUAUUUUUAUUCUCAUUGUAUUUUCAUUGUUUGUGUGUUGUUG